AUGCCACGAACAAUCACGUAUGAUAUCCCAUCCCAUUAUCAACUAGUAGAUCUGGUUGGUGAGGGAGCAUAUGGUACAGUUUGCUCUGCGAUACAUAAGCCAACAAACACGAAAGUUGCAAUUAAAAAGAUACAGCCGUUUAGCAGAUCGAUGUUUGUUACCAGGACGUUACGGGAGUUGAAACUGUUGAAAUUCUUUCAUUCGCAUGAAAAUAUCAUAUCGGUCUUGGAUAUAGUACGUCCGACGUCAUGGCAUAAAUUUGAAGCAGUUUAUCUUGUACAAGAGUUGAUGGAAACGGAUUUGCAGAAGAUUAUCAACCAACAAAAUUUAUCAGAGGAUCAUAUCCAAUAUUUCGUUUAUCAAAUACUAAGGGCUUUAAAAUCGCUACAUUCGGCACAAGUAAUCCAUAGGGAUUUGAAACCAAGUAAUUUGUUACUGAAUAGCAAUUGUGAUCUCAAAGUGUGUGAUUUUGGGUUGGCUCGUUGCCUGGCAUCGAGUGAUCAAUCAAGAGAGAAUAUGGUGGGUUUCAUGACAGAAUAUGUAGCUACCAGAUGGUAUAGGGCUCCAGAAAUCAUGUUGUCCUUCCAAGAAUACACAACUGCAAUGGAUAUCUGGUCAUGUGGAUGUAUACUAGCAGAAAUGAUCAUGGGUAAGCCGCUUUUCCCAGGUAAAGAUUACCACCAUCAACUCUGGAUCAUCUUAGAAGUUUUAGGGUCUCCAACUUUGGAAGACUUUGAACAAAUCAAGAGUAAAAGGGCAAAAGAAUACAUAUCUCAACUACCCAUGAAGAAAGGUAUACCCUGGGCUAAUGUGUUAAAUAAAGAAGUUAACCCUCUUGCUAUCGAUUUAUUGUCCAAGAUGCUAACUUUCAACCCAGACAAGAGGAUCAGUGCAGUUGAAGCGUUGGAACAUCCAUAUUUGGCAACAUAUCAUGAUCCAGAUGACGAGCCAGAUUAUCCCCAACUAAACCUUGAAGACAAUUUUUGGAAAAUUGACAACGAGGCCCGCGAUAAAAACGAGGAAGACGAUAUUCCACUGGAACUGUUGAAAAAGAUGCUUUAUGGUGAAGUUAUGAAGCCUCUAAAUUGA